GGCUUUUCCCUAACCUAUUAAAUAUAUGUACAUAUGCAUAUCUAAAAUAUGUACAUACACAUAUAUUAAAAGGUUUUAAGUUUCCUCAGACUUGGUAUGGAGGGUCAUUUCCCAGAUUGGUUCAUCCUCCAGAUGUCUGCACUCUGGUCACAAAGCCUGCCUUCCAAAAAUGAGUUUAGGAAGCUGUGCGCUCCUCCCCAAUUUGAGCUUGAUGGAAAAAAAGACACUCAACUGUUAUAAUGACAUGAGUUCAAAUGGGGAAGUCCUGGAUUCACUGGCUAUGGAUAAUUCAUUUAAAACUAACGAUCAAUUACCGGAGGUGCUUUCAUUCCAAAAGAAGUUUGUUAAUUGCGACUAUAUGUCUGGUCUAUUUGUUUUUCGUGGUUUCACAUUUUGGACACUUGCAGCAACGCCGUGGCACAAGGACUGAUGAGGACAAGGACCUGCAUGUGCAUGAAUUUUAUAAUUUGGACUUUCACGGCGCACUGCCAAGCUCAGCUGACAUGCAGAGAGUUGCUGAGUUUGUUGUCCCGACUCGAUCAAAUGUGGUGUACAUAACGUUGAAAUCUAAGCGUUUCAAACCAGCACAUAUACGAGGCACAAUCCGACCAAAGCUGAGGAAAAAAACAAAGAGACCUAAAAGGAUAAAUCAGUCAAUUACGCAAAACAAACUACGCACUUUAGAGCGGGACAAAGGCCAAAUGAAGUUCGCUUCCAAUAUGUCCUGGAAAGGAACCGGCGAUGUGGAUUAUAACUCAGUGAACGUAAUACAUAACUCGUUUUUAAAUACUGUGGACUCACAGAUUAGUUCAAUCCGAAUUUACAGCCAACGGGCACCGCCAUGGUUCAGUGCACGUGACUUGAAAAGCAUGCGCUUUCUUGCAGAUGCCAAAGUUUUGCGCAUAAAAGAAUUCUUCCGAGGAGACGCUCCAUCACUUCUGAUAUUUGAGGGUGAGACUAGAGCCCCUGUGGCCUACCAAAAACACUUAAAAGGAAGAGAUGUAUGCGAAGGGCAGUGUGGAAUCAUCUGCAGCCCCGUGGAUAACACGGAGGUAUUUGCUUUCCAUUUGGACAGGGUGCUGGGGCUUAACAGGACAUUGCCAGCGGUAAGCAGAAAGUUCAGCCUCUUACACGAUGGCCAGUCCUGCCCAGUAGUGUCAUGGGAUGCAUCACUGUAUCCAGAAGGCGUUGCUGCAGCCCUGACCACUGUCAAGUUAACAUGGGGGGAAUACCAGAGCUCUCUUAAACAGAGGUGCUGGUAUAAAAACAUCAGCCCAAAGCCUGACUCUGGCUGCUCCACAAUUCAUCACUAUGAGUGGAGCAAAUUGGCUCUGUUUGACUUCUUGCUACAGAUUCACAAUCGUCUGGAUCUGAGCUGUUGUGGGUUCAGACCUCGGCAGGAAGAUGAGUGUGUUCAACUAGGCCACCAUGCUGCAUGUGGGGACCCGAACAACAUACAACUGGCCAACAUCAUCAACAGGGAUUAUGACCCCAGACACCUGGUGUUCACUAACAACAAGGGGUUCUUUGACCGCAACGAGGACAACUUGGACUUCAGGCUGCUGGAGGGAAUUAAGGAGUUUCCAGAGCAAGCAGUGUCUGUGCUGAGGAGCAGGAAGCUGAGAGAGAAACUUCUCCAGUCUCUGUUUCUGGAUCAGAGGUAUUGGGAAAGCCAGGGCGGCAGACAUGGCAUCGACAAGCUGAUUGAUGUUAUUGAAAGACGAGCCAAGGUCCUCCUCACAUACAUCAAUGCUCAUGGGAUCAAAGUCAUCACAAUGGAUGUUUGAUGAAAGUCAUGCAAGUUAAAUGGCCAAAUGAUUCACAUGGACAAAGUAAAUAAAUGUUUUGGUCAUUGUUUUGUUAGUUAUCAAACUGUUUUUUUUUUCUUUAAUAAGCCACAGUUGGAAUAAAAAUUCCAGCAUAUUAGCAAACUGAGAUGUGGAAAAACUUAAAACCCACUUGGAAUCUUUAUAGUGACACAGUUAUAUGUAUCAUAUGUUUUGCACUAUGCAUAAUUUUUAAUGCACUGGGUCACCAAGAUGUAUUCAAUGACCAGAAAAAGCAGACAGGAAUUUUCUUCUUUUGUUUCUCUCUCUAUUUUCGUUUGUUUUCAAGGAAGCGUGUAGAAUAACCAGAGUCAUCAGCUUUUGCCUUUUGGAAUGUUAACCUUUCAUCACAAGAACACAAUAACAAAUCAUGCAAGUAAACUGAAGUUAAUGUUCUUUGACUGGCUUCAUUUUUUUCUUCCCAAAAGCCAGCACGCUGACAAUUAUGUAAAGAAUUUUGUGUUUUUAUAAGUUGUACUCCUCUUCAAACCCUCCAGCAGGAGCAAUUAUUAUUAAUUUGUAUGAAUGGAAUGCACUUUUUUCAGAAGGUGAAAUGAGUUUUGGCAUAACUGGGCUUAAACAAACUAUACUUCACGGUGAAAUAUUAUUACCUACACUGUUUUAAAUUAAACACUUUUAUUUAUCUUUUUUAAACAUUUACAACAUUAUGCAAACAUUAGACAUUGCACAAUUACCCAGAGAGCUCAUGUCAUGUUUAAUUGUGUGCUGGUGAUUGAUGUACAUUGAUUGUACACGAACAAAGAAAGACUUCUAAGAAAAGAGAUUCCAUAGUUUCUUUUCACUAUAGAAGUAUUUGUACCUAUCGGUAGAUUCACCAUUCAUAUUUAUUUGUUUUUGUACUUUCUUUUUUUAUUGUUGUGGAAAUUUCAACUUAAAAUGUUUAAUAAAAGCAUUUGUCUGUCAAAGUGA